AUGGCUAUAAACACAGGCAUGAACCCCUUCGUGCAUGUGGCAUAUAGGCAGACAUUUGCCGCACUGAUAAUGUGCCCUAUUGCAUAUUUUAGUGAAAGGCAUAGUAGACCUGCCAUGACGAGGUCAAUACUUCUAAAAAUUUUAAUGUGCUCGAUUUUUGGGGGGUCAAUUAACCAAAUUACGUAUAUCGUUGGCCUACAAAAUUGCAACACUACGGUUGCAUCUGCUUUGACGAACUUAAUGCCAGCAUUUACGUUUGUUCUUGCUGUCAUUACCGGACACAAGAAGGUCCGAUUUACAAGAGUAGGGAUAGCCAAAAUGAUGGGUACCCUAUUGAGUAUAGGAGGUGCGAUGAUGCUAUCAAUUUACCAUGGUCCAAGAAUCCCCAUUGGCCAGCCAAAGAUUAAGUGGAAACUCUUAGAAGGUAUUGCGCACCACAGCAGCAGUGGCACCAACUACUUAGGCCCUCUGCUCGUCAUUACUAGUGCCCUCUCUUGGUCGAUAUGGUCCAUAAUCCAAGCAAGAGUAAACCAAGAGUAUGCAGCUACCUGUUCAAGCACAGCGUUGAUGUGCUUCAUGGCUAGCUGUAUAUGUUUGGUCUUUGGGUUCUGCUUUGACCAUGACCUAUCCGACUGGUCGUUGAGCGGUGGCGUGAGAGCUAUCUCCACCAUAUAUUCAGGAGUUUUCUGCUCAGCUCUAUCAUAUUUCGUGAUGAUUGCCACACUCAGCUGGCUUCUACUUGGUGAAGACAUAUUCACGGGAACUAUAGUGGGUUCAAUGUUGAUCGUUUUGGGAUUGUUUAUGGUGUUGUGGGGAAACUGGGUGGAGUCAAAGCGAGCAAGGGCAAUAAUAAACUCGGAGCAAGAUCUGGCUGUGAAAGAUUUGGAGUCCCAGCAAGAAAAAUGA